GAUGUUUCUUUUCUCCUUGAUAUUUUACCUUAAACGCCAGAGAUCGUGUUCUUCCAGAUACCCAUUUUCGACCGCUGUACGCCUGUUUCGACUUGACGAAUCGUCCCCCACCUCUGUCAAUUAGUCGCAACGUCACUUUUUUGGAUACAUUGACCAGGUCGCUAUUGGCGUCAAUCCAUUGUGCCUCUGUAUCACAAAACGGAACAAAGCCCCGCAAUCCUCGAGAUUCAAGAGAAUCUAACGCAGAAGAGAAGUUGGUUAGUUUUGUUGCAAGGUCUUUCACCACCGAAGCCACGAUCAUUUGAAUUGUUUUCAAAAUGGCGGAAUUCGUGCGGGCCCAGAUCUUCGGCACGACUUUCGAAAUCACGACGAGAUACACGGACUUGCAACCGGUUGGCAUGGGAGCAUUUGGUCUCGUCUGCUCGGCUCGAGAUCAAUUGACAAAUCAAGCCGUUGCCGUCAAGAAGAUUAUGAAGCCAUUUAGCACUCCAGUGCUUGCAAAGAGGACUUAUCGAGAGCUCAAGCUUCUAAAGCACUUGCGACAUGAAAAUGUUAUCAGUCUCAGCGACAUCUUUAUCUCCCCGCUAGAAGACAUAUAUUUCGUCACAGAACUCCUUGGAACCGAUCUACAUCGUUUAUUGACUUCACGGCCAUUAGAAAAGCAGUUCAUUCAGUAUUUCCUAUACCAAAUUCUGAGAGGCUUGAAAUAUGUGCAUUCAGCAGGAGUGGUUCACCGAGAUCUCAAGCCAAGUAAUAUCCUAAUUAAUGAGAACUGCGAUUUGAAGAUUUGCGAUUUUGGCCUUGCCCGUGUUCAAGACCCCCAAAUGACCGGCUAUGUCUCUACAAGAUACUAUCGUGCCCCAGAGAUCAUGCUCACAUGGCAGAAAUAUGACGUUGAGGUUGAUGUAUGGAGUGCGGGAUGCAUAUUCGCAGAGAUGCUCUCAGGUCGACCAUUGUUCCCCGGGAAGGACCAUGUGAAUCAAUUUUCGAUUAUUACAGAACUAUUAGGGUCACCACCAGAUGAUGUGAUUAAAACCAUCUGCAGUGCAAACACCCUGCAAUUUGUGCAGUCACUGCCAAAGCGAGAGCGGCAACCACUGAGUGAAAAAUUCAAAGGCGCAGAACCUCUAGCCGUUGACCUUUUAGAAAGAAUGCUUGUCUUCGACCCCAAGAAGCGUAUCACUGCUGCAGAGGGUCUUGCCCAUGAAUACCUUGCACCGUACCAUGACCCUACAGAUGAACCUGUGGCGGAGACUCAGUUUGACUGGUCCUUCAACGAUGCGGAGUUGCCGAUCGAUUCGUGGAAGGUCAUGAUGUAUUCCGAAAUCCUUGAUUACCACAACGUCGACCAAGACUCUCAAGGAAUCCAUGGUACUCCUCUGAACACAGAGGCUCAGAGGGUGCCAAUGUAGGGCCGGACUACUAGGAAAUCUGUUUCCAUGGAUAUGAAUAGAAUCCCCACGAGUUCCAUUCUGGUGCAUUUAUGUCCGUUCGAUACCUCGCAGCCGGGUCAGAAAGAGCUGGCGCUGGGUAUAUCGGGGAUUUUUACUCUUUUAAAUUUGGAGGUUCCCGCCUUCGUCUGCUUUUUGCUUCGUGGAUCGACGAUCCUGUAAAUUUCACGAUCGGGGCGCUUGUAAGCAACGUUACGACGGAGAGAGUAUUGUGAUAAUAUUUUCAAUAAUCGACGGACCUUCAUGUAUGUAUAACUGCCAAAAAUAGCCUGGUAGCCGGAAAUGGUGGAAUGUGAAUGCUACGACUUAC